AUGAGAAGAGGUUAUGAUUAUUUUACAGAGUACUACUUCUUCAAAUUAUGGUUGUUGAAACUUAUUCUUUAUUUAUAAUCUAACUUUAUAAACGGGCCUAUUGUUAUAUAAUAAACACAAGGAGAAGGUUGUGUGGUAGGAAAUCCUUCUGAAAAUGAUAAUAUAUUUGUUCAGUUGUGGUUUUAGAGUUUAUAAAAUGAAGAAUAAUAUUAAAUUUUAUUUAUCGAUUCUAAAUGA